ACCAACAGUAUUCGUUCAUCUCGACAACCGAAAUCUACCAGACGGCGCCAGCAUCGAUACCAGAUUAGCGAACAUUUAUCAACCUUGUUCCCCCCUUUUUAACCUUCUAUUUCGGUGACUGGCUGGUUUCCUUUCGCCAAAAAAGCCAAGUGACAUCAUCCCACCUCGACCGACAAGUUGCACCAUCCUCGCAUCACUGUCAAGAGAUCAAGUCAACAGACGACUAUUAACAUCGGGCGGCCCUGAAUCAAAGUCCGUUUGCGCAUCCCGGGAUUCCAAGAGACUCAGUUUUAUAUUUCAUCUACGCCUCCAAAGUACGUAGGGCAGCGACGAACACGACAGACCAACUAGUCCGUGAUCUUCGCCUCUCCGCGCAAACCCACGCUCCCAAAUCUCUACAUAGACAUCAACCACGCCGACGACCAUCUCCGUCGGUCUCAAUACCGCCAAGGUGGCUUCCUCAAUCGUCCUCCCACGCACCGUCUCUUACGACGCACCCGCCGCAACCUUGGCACCGCGUCAGGACUCCCUAACAUAUCAGAACGCAAUGACAGACAAGGGUGGCCGCAGGAGGAGAUCUAGUAGCAUUCUCCAGGUCUACCAUGAGCCUCUUGAGCCCGUUGAGCAGCUGAGCGACCAGGCUGCUCUCCCCAACUUGAAUGCCAACUGGGUAAACGCAAAGGGCGCAUGGACAAUCCACUUCGUCCUAAUCCUCGCCCUCAAGAUCAUAUACGAUAUUGUCCCCGGUGUCUCACAAGAAACGUCAUGGACGCUGACCAACAUCACGUACAUGAUCGGCUCAUACAUCAUGUUCCACCACGUCCGGGGCGUGCCCUUUGAGUUCAACGGCGGCGCCUACGACAACUUGAACAUGUGGGAGCAGAUCGACGACGGAGCCCAGUACACGCCUGCCAAGAAGUUCUUGCUGAGCGUGCCUAUUGUCCUGUUCCUGCUCAGCACGCAUUACACGCACUACGACUUGACGUACUUUAUCAUCAACUUCUUGGCUGUCCUGGCGGUCAUCAUUCCCAAGUUGCCUUACAGCCAUCGCAUGCGUGUCGGUCUCUUCUCUGGCGUUCCAGAGGAAUAAUACCCCCCACGAUGAAAACGAAGAUAGAGAUUGGAAAGUGUACCGGAAACGAGUUUUAAAUCAUACUGUCUCGCCUUCUGGAAGCACAACUCUAGGGUCUCCAGUUGGCAAAACAAACACAGAAAGAACCGGGCGUUGCAGGUAUCGGGGGAUCGAAAAUAAUAGGGCGCUUCUCAGGGUCAUAGAAGAGGAGGAUCCAGUCCAAUCAGCUGCCUCAUAGUGCUGCUUCUCUCUGUCGUCAUCAUCAUGAUUGGCAGCAGAGCUCUACCUAGGGAAAGCAGCACGUUAUAUGGGUCAGCCGAAGGAAGUGCUCCACCAGCACCAGGCUUCAAGGCAUGAGUUGCGGACUACACUCCGGUCGGCACAGGAUUGGGUCGGGUUUUACGAGAUAUAACACAGCACAACACAACACAACACAUGGGUCAGGUUAGGUCGGGUCAGGUCAGGUCAGGCUAGGGUAUGGUAGAGAAAGAAUGUCGGUUCUGUCCGGCGAGAAAGGUUCGACUAUGAUCAAGCAUGGUCUGGUGGAGGAACGAGGAAAAACAUGUAAAGUGUUUGUGUUUUCGGGUUUUUUUUCAAGUCUAGGGUUAAAUGUAUAGGAUCAUCAGCGUCACUUAAAAGCAUGGUUUUACACU